AAAAGGAACGGCUGGAGGACGAGGAGUUUGCUGAUAUAGUUCGGAAGGCCAAGAAGAAAGAACUUCGAAGGCAGCGACGCGAGAUUCGCAAUAAUCUACAACGUUUGGAGGAUGCGCAAUCAUCUAUUGCAGUGAGCGCUACUGCGAUCUGGGCAGAUCCAGAUCCAGAUGUUGAGAUGCAAGGGUCAUCGCCUCGACAAUACCCACCAGUGGACCAUGACGCAGCCUUACCUGACUUUCACGAGGCCGAUUUUGCUCCCAACGAGCCCGAUCCUGGUUCCAAUGAGCCUGAUCCUGGUCCCAACAAGCCCAAUCCUGAGCUCGAUGAUAUUAAAGUCGAGUAUCAUCCUCACAGCCAAAUUUCUUCCACUGUACACCACUUCUCUGAGUUCACCCGCAGCCGCAUGACAGAACAUACUGUGCCUCGUAACAAUACACCUUGGGAACCCUUCCGCACGCGGCUAGACUUCGAAAUAGCAGAGAUUGCACUUGAAGCUGCGAUGACGAAGGAUCAAACCAAUCGCCUUCUGGAUCUCGUGCACCGAUCUGCUAGCGGCAAUGAUAAGUUCACGCUGCAAAAUCACGAUGAGGUUCGCUCCCUAUGGAACCUUGCUUCGCAACGUUAUACCAGAUUUCAGAAUGAUACAGUGUCUGUUCCAUUUGACAGUGAGGUGCACGAAUUCGAGAUGCAUUACCGCCCUCUCUGGGAUUGGGGACUCGAUUUAUUGCGAGACAAAUAUCUCGCGCCUCAUUUCGUAUUCGAUGCUCAACGUCUCUCGAAAUUCGACGGAGAGAGGUUUGUACGUUUCAUUGACGAACCAUGGACUGCUGAUGCAUUUUGGAAUGCACAAUCCCAGCUUCCCUCAGAUGCGAAACCACUGGCAUACAUUCUUUAUGCCGACAAGAGUAAACUAUCGUCAUUCGGGACCCAAAAGGGCUACCCAAUUAUUGCGCGUAUUGCCAACCUACCUGUUCACAUUCGCAACAACAAUACUGCCUUGGGAGGUGGUCGCGUCGUCGGUUGGCUGCCCAUUAUUGUCGAGAAUCAGGAACAUGCGAAAAAGAAGAACUACGUCGACUUCAAAAAUGCUGUCUGGCACACGUCAUUUUACCAGCUUCUUGCCUCAGUUGCGCAGCACUCGAAUACGGGUUAUUGGUUUGAGUGUGGAGAUGGAAUCCAACGUCGUCUCUGGCCUGUUAUUUUGAUCUUAAGCGCUGAUUAUGAAGAACAAUGUAUCAUGGCGUUGAUCCGUGGACUUAAGGGAAAAUUCCCGUGUCCAGUUUGCUUGGUUCCGCAAGACGAGCAGUCCGUUCUUGCUACCCACGAGUUUCGCACACGCCACCAAUCUGAAGAUGUACUUCGCACUGCAAGAUUGAAGCCUUCUGAGAAGGAAAAAGAGGCUCAUCUCAAGGCUUUCUCGCUCCGAAAUGUUGAGAAUGUCUUUUCGAGAGUUCGUCACGUCGACGUUCAUCGUGCACUUUCUUUCGACCGCCUUCACACAAAUGAGGAAGGGUUAUGGGGCGAUCAUUUGUGGAAGGAAGUUAAGUUUUGGAUUUCAGACCUCGGGCGCGAUGCAGCUGUCAAACUCGACAAAAAUUUUGAUGGACUUCCGCGAUGGCCUGAUUUAACACAUUUUUCGUCUGUCGUCGCAGUGGAUUUCACUGAUGGUACUGUUCUCGGGGAUCUGUCAAAGAUGAUUGUCUUUGCCGCACAGGAUAUAUUUACUUCGUCCCGCUGUAAACUGGGACACUUACUCCUUCGCUGCAUUCGCCACUACAUCGAGUUUGAUAUCUAUGCCUCGUUAGAAGUGCAUACAGAGCAUACAAUCGCAGCUGGGAGGUUGGCAGUGCAAAAGUUCUCAGAGAUAAUGGCCGAAUAUAUUGCCCAAUCACAGCCUGAAACCCUCAAAAAUUGGAACUUUCCAAAGAAACAUUUGGUCUCUCACAUAUUCGACGAUAUCAUAUCGAAAGGUGCGACACGUAACUACAGUACCAAACCAAAUGAAAAAAUGCACGGCUCGUUGCGAAAAAUAAUCUUCAACGUACAAAUUUCAAGAACGUCGCUUCUCAGGUUUAUUCUGCACUAUGAUGAAUGGCUUCUGACCUCAACAUCUAUGCGCACUGAACUCGAUGAACUUGACGAGUACUACAAACGAAACACUUGCGACCCGGAGACUCAUGAAGCGCUGGACUUGGAUGACACUGGGGAACCCGAAUCUACUACUAUCCAUGCUCAUUUAGGUUCGAGGCAAGGCAACCACUCGUUUUCCGAUAUCAUGCUCUCGCACGGAACUGACAGGGCCUUCACCAACUUUCGGAUGAAGCUAAAUGGCUUCUUAAAUGGCUUUCUACCACAGCACAAUAUUCCAUUGCCGGAUGGAAAGUGUAUUCACCUGCGCACAGAAGAUAUGAUAACAGUGUUUCAUUUCUUGCGUGUCAACUACGAAUCAAUAGUCGACUGGCGCCUGCACCGAGAUUUACUUCGGUGCAACCCGAAGUUCUAUGGAUUGCCAAGGUAUGACUGCGUCAUCGUGAAGACUGCCGACAAACCAUUUUUCGCUCGCCUCGUGUACAUGUUCAGCUGCUUGAUUGGCAACACUGAUUUCCCUCUCGCGCUGAUUCAUCCUUAUGAUGUUGGUAUCGCCAGUAGUCGUCGAAGGCGAGAUAAUGACAUGGGACUGUGGCGUGUGCGAGCCAAACCUCGCAUAUCCUCUGAAAUCAUCUCUGUCCAAUCGAUCAUUCGGGGUGCUGCUCUCGCAAAUGAUCCGGAAACAGACGGAGAUUACUUUGUAAUUCACACUGUAGAUACUGACAUGUUUCUUCGAGUCAAGGCUCUACAAGAUCAACCAAGCACUUGAUCCACUACCGCUUUAAUACUGGCUUGAGAGCCGCAAAUUUGCUCCUGUAAGUAAGCCAGGUCCUGCCACAUCCCUUUGAGAGCGACACUUCACACUGUCCCAUAUGCCCA